UAUAUAUAAACCUUGAAUUUAAAAAACCACCAGUGACAAGAAAUGUAGUUAUUCCACUGCAACGAUCCUCACCAUGACUCUUAACACUUCUUCCGUACUAAAACUGAGCUCUUACGAUUAUGUUAUAUUUGUAGGUACUUUGGUGUUUAGUACUUUGAUUGGAAUUUAUUAUGGGUGCUUCGGGACUAAGCAGGCAACCAUAAAAGAAUAUCUUCUGGGAGGCAAGAACAUGAAAAUUCUUCCUAUAGCAGUGUCAGUAGCAGUAAGCCAUAUUUCAGGAACGCUGUUAAUAGGGACCGUUGCAGAUGUCUACCGAUACGGUGGCAGCGUUUGGUUAUAUGUAGGAUCAUUUGUAGCUAUGGGUGUUCUCGCUACGUUUGUGUACCUUCCAGUGUUCUAUAAACUGCAAGUGGCCAACAUGUACGAAUAUUUGGAAAAAAGAUUCGACAAAAAAAUCAAAAUGUUUGCUUUAAUUUUGUACCUGCUAUGUGAAAUUUUUAUAUUUCCGAUUCUGGCUUACACUCCAUCUUUAACAUUUGCCACUGCUAGUGGAUUUAACCCUAGUUUGUGUGCCUUUUUCUUGUGUGUUGUUUGCGUUUUCUACACUUCGAUAGGAGGUUUGAAAACGGUGGUGUGGACGGAUUUCCUUCAGUUUGGAAUAAUAGCGGUGUCUCUUAUCACCCUGUAUAUAAUUGGUCUAAAUACAACAGGAGGAUUCUUAUCUGUUUGGAACACGGCAGCGGAGGGUCAAAGACUUGAAAUUUUUAAUUUUCAGCUCGAUCUUACAGCAAGAGAUGGCUUCUGGGGAUACAUUAUAGGAGGUGCACCAACAACUACUGCACUAAUCAUCAUACACCAAACAGGACUUCAAAAGUUCCUCAGUUUAUCAAACUACAAAGAUGGUGCAUGGUCGGUCCUACACACUGUAAUCAGUAUGUCUUUAGUACAUACUUUCUGUGUUUUCAUUGGUCUGGUAGCCUAUUCUAAGUACAAAGACUGUGAUCCUUUGACUAGUCACUUGAUAUCAAAACAUGACCAACUUUUCCCAUUAUUUGUAACAGAGAUUGGUGGACAUCUCCCCGGAAUCCCCGGUCUCUUUAUAGCAGCUAUUUGCAGUGCAGCUCUCAGUUCCAUGUCGUCAAAUUUGAACGCUCUAUCUGGUGUUAUGUACAAUGACGUCGUAUGCGAAUUUCUAAAGAAGAAGCCAUCGGAUAAAAAAGCGACAAAUAUUUUGAAAUUAAUAGUUUUGAUUGUUGGACUUUUGUGCAGUUGUUUAGUGUUUGUGAUCCAAGGAAUGGGAGAGGUGUUCUCGGUGUCUUUAACCAUAUGGGGGAUCACGCAAGGACCUAUACUUGGAGCUUUCACGCUAGGAGUUCUCUUUCCGAAAGCAAACCAACAAGGGGCCUUGUAUGGUAUGAUUUUGGGUUGUAUUUCGGUUGCUUGUAUAGCAAUUCCUGCCAAAUACUACCAAACGAAAGGUCUGCUCAGUUAUCCAACGAAACCCCUUUCUACUAAUGGUUGUAGUUUUUUUAACGCUUCCAACUUUGUCUCUACGAAUAAAACUAUUUCAAGUCAGUUUCAACCUAGCGUCAUUUUCAAAACCUCGUUCUAUUUUUACGCUGUAAUUGGAGUUACCGUCACUGUAAUCGUUGGUUUAGUUGUUAGCUUCUUCACGAAAAGCGGCUCUUCGGUUCAUAAAAAUUUUCUGAGUCCAGUGAUCCACUCUUGCUUGAAAGAAUCAGUUGAAAAUCAAGAGUACGCUGAUGCGGAGACAACUUUAGAACUCCUUCAGAAACAAUAAGACAAUUUUGAACAUGGUUAAACUUCCUCUGGUUAUACCGGGUGGAUUAACUCUUCAGUACUUUAUGUACGGGGCUUUCGGGAGUCCCAAAAAAAAUAAUAAAAAAACGUAUAG